AAAAGGCAGGAUCAGGAGCAGACCGCUGUGAUGCAGCGGUACUUGGCCUACAUGGCGGACCUCCAUCUCCAGCAGCAACGGCGGGUACAGCAACAGCAGCAGCAGGAGCAGCAGCGCCAGGUGCAGCCGCCCAGGCCCCGGACCGGCUCCCGGUUUGAGGUCCUGGCCACGCUGGGGGGACAGGACGGGGCGGGCGAUGGCGCUGCCACGGCGGCGCCCGGGCGUGGGCGACGGGUGCAACCAGCCGCGCACGCACCGCCGCCACCGCUGCAGCAACAGCCCCGCUCCAAAGGGCGCGGUGGCCCCGCCCAGCUCCCGCAGCAGAGGGCAGGGCGCUUGGGCGGCGGGCUGCCUCCCCCGCAGGACGGUGCUAGCUCGCCGCCGCGCGUGCCCACUGGGCGGCCGACCGGGGGACAGCAGGCUGGUGGGGGCAAAGGGUUGGGGCGCCAGGGUGGAGGAGUGGGGCGGGCAGUGCCCCAGCCGCUACCCCAGGCGCGGCCGCCACUGCAAACGUCACAACCGGCGGGUGGUGGUAAGGGCAGGGACAGGGGCCUGGGCGCGCCGGCUGGGGGUUCGGCCGACACGGCUGGGCGCGCUGGUGGGGGUGCGGGCAGUGAGGCAGAGUACGGGGCCGUUUGCCUGACCCGGGACACGUGCGUUGCCAUCGGCUCUGACCUCGUGACGCACCAGAACCGCUGCGCAGAUGUGCAGGGGUUUGAGUGGGCGCAGCUGGGCCACGACACGCUUGGUGGCCGCCUCCUCGCCUACCUCCGUGACCAGGGCGCCACCGUACCGGACUGGGCUGUCUGCCGCGUGCCGGCCGGCCGUACCGCCGUCCUGGCACAGCUGCACGACGAGUUCACUGGCUGGUGGCGCCUAUACUCAGCCCAGCCUGCAGACACGCCCCUGCCCUCUGAUGUGACGGAGCAGCUGGAUGACGCCGCGCAGCAGGUGCAGACGGCCUACAUGGACUACGUGCUCCUAGACGCCCGCACCCUGCGGUCCGCUAAGCGUGGGCUGGCGGACCCCGGCGGGGCCAGCGGACCCAGCCGCCGGCAACGCCAGCACCGCAGCCGCAGUACCUCCAGCCUCAUGAGCCUGGGCAGCGCUCCGUUGCACCCCGGCGGCGCCAGCUCAGGUGCCGCUAGCAUGAGCACCAGCAGCGGCGGCGCGCCCCCCAGCCAGGGUGGCGACCGCCGCAGCAAACGCCACAGCAGCAACAGCAACCGCACCCGCCACGGCGCUGCCGUGGCCGGCGGGGGCUCAUAAUGCGGCCACCAGUGGGAGCGGCGAACCUUCGGCUGCUGACAGUGAAUGUCAACGGCCUGGGCUCGCCGCUCAAGGCGCGGGCGCUGGUCUCGCACCUGCAGCAAGUUGGGGCGGAUGUGGCGAUGGUGCAGGAGACCCACGCUACUGACACGA